CUCUUCAUCCUCUUCUCUCUUGACUUUCCUGUUUCCCAUCUCUUCUGUUCUAUUCUCUUGCUCAUCUCCAUCCAUCCUCAUCAUCCUUCUCCCUAAGUUCCCUUGACCACUUCCCUAUCAUCACUAUUGACCAGGGGUCUGUAUGAAUAAGCUAUCAGGAUGAACUCAUUAUGAGCUCGUCUGUCUCUUCGUUUCGGUUUCUUCCUCCGAACGCCUGUCUUCUUCUCUUCGUUUCUCCUCCCUCCAUCUCCCCCUUCUUCCACUCUUCAACACCACCACAUCCUCGAGAAAGAGGGCGCAACAACACAAAAACAGCAGGUAAGAACCUCAGCAAUCAUCACGACAAACCCAACCUUCACUCCGCCAUCCCUCCCCUCAGCUUUCCCUCGGACCUUCUCUGUGGCGAUAAAAGUGUUCCUUUGGAAGCCAUCCUUGCGUUGAUCUCCCUACUCCUUCUUCAACGUUCCUACACCCUUUCUCAUUCAUUCGAACUUGUGGUCAUGUCGCUCUAGCGAAACAGAUAAUCUAGGAGACGGUUGAAAAGGUGGGUGAGAGAGAAAAGAGGUACAGGGGUGUUUGGAAGAAAAGGAACGCUACAUCAGAGAACCUGGCUCAGACUUUUCCGGUGUACUUGAUCCUGUCUUCCUUCAUCCU